AUGCACGGUGAGAUAUCAGAUCCUCGCUUUUCAGUGGUCUGGAUCGAAGUCGGCGGGCAGCAAUGGAGACAUCUUAUAUACGACACCAAGACCAAUGUCCAAAGCUUUAUUCAAAACGGUGCUGCCACCGGCUAUGUACUCACUCUCCUGGCUGCCAUCGGCGACCCUACAGAUGAUAGCACUAAGUGGUCUGCUUACAUGCAACUACAGACGACCAAUGGCACAGGCCAAGAUCCUGGUCAAUGGUUUUGGAAAUUUGACUUAACCACUGGCGGAGCUUCUGACGAGAAUAGCUUUGCCUACUACAAUCAGCUUGCACACCAAAACCGGCAAAUUUUGACUUGCUUCACAACAUACGGAAUCGGCGCAGGCCUUGUCAUUGCAGCAGCCUGGGCACCACAAGCUCAGAAUACUUUUGAUAGAUGGCAUGCGUACGGUAAGAAUGCUUCAGGCGACUUUCAGACUCUGUUCAACAGCGAGACUAGCCUACCAGGAUUUCAACCAUACUACUUAGGUGUCAGUGCUGAUCAUCAAUACACUUCAGCAUUCAGUGACAGACUUCUUGACGUGAGUACAGUCAUCUACGGCAAGACAGAACAAGAGUUCCUGGCCGAACAAUCAUCUCAAAUUACCAAGAACGCAAACGCUAUCCACAUCCAGGCCGGAGGUUCAGGGAACGACGUACUCUACUCUGCCAUCUUUGCCGGGCACGCAAUUGAAUUUCAGAAAGGUCUGUUCCAAGACCGCAGCGCACCGAGCAUCGAACCACCGUCUCCAAAUAUUGUAAGUUCUUACGAAGGGACUGGCGUCGAACUGCAAGAUUUCCUACGCAGCAACGACAUUGACUCGGGCCAAAUCGCAGUAUUCAAGAACGGCAUUGUGAAGGUGCAACAUGGGGAAGAUUGGCAAACAGCUUCCGAACGCCUGACCGCUCUCACUGACCUUUUUCCCAUCGCUGGACUGAGCGAAAUCUUCCUCUCUGCAGCCGUCUCAAAGCUCUUCUCCACGAACGUCCUCUCUCCCAACGACACAGCGUACACGCUCCUCCCAACCGUCAAAUCUCAAGACCCAAAGGACCGUCGCGCCAACGACAUUACGAUUCAACAGCUUCUGGACCAUACAUCAGGCUACGCGCCAGAUCUUGACCCUAAUGGCUACGAUCCAGUCUUCCACAUGCGCGACAUCGCGCUCUCCUUAGGCCUCACCUCCACCGCGACAAAACGCGACAUUGUCGAAUACAUCUAUACGCAACGUCCGCUCGAAGCCGACCCUGGCUCUGACUAUCACGAUGCAAAUUACAAUUACCUCCUCCUCAGCUUCGUGAUCGAAGCCGUCACAAAGACAGAUUACCUGACUUGGCUCACCGCCAAUAUCAUCCAACCUGCCGGUAUCGGAGUCACGGGCUUCCCUACAAUCGUUGACCGCACCAGUUCCGCUUCCGCGAACUUCAUCAUCCCCAAAGACCAGGGUUUAGGUCCCAGCGCCGUAUACCCGAACCAGCCAGCCUCGCAACUUGUGCCGUACACGAACGGCGGCGACGGAAUGGUGCGCGAAGUCGCAGUCGGAUGUCUGGGACUCGCAAGUUCAGCCAGCUAUCUUGCAUAUUUCAUUCAUUCGAACGCGGUACAAGGGAUUGGUGAGAGGGCGAUCAAUAAGAGUAGAGUCAGCAGUGUUGCGGGAGGCUUGGCGUACGCGGAGAGUAGGAGUGAUGGCCAUGAUUGGGCUUUCGUGGUCAAUUCGAGAGAUUGGAGUGGGUUUGAGGGUGAUCAACCUUGGAAGGGACUGGUGGAGAGGGUUAAUGGAUUGUUGGAUAUGCUGACGUGA